AUAAGACAUCCAGAGUGUGCCUUCAGUUUUCAGCGUGCUCUCAGCUCUCAGUGGGACAGGAUGGAGGACAUCUGCCGUGAAGCCACCGCGGCGGCUGCUUCACUGCUGGUUGGUACUUUGGAAGUUCUGCGCGUCUUUUGACAGAGACUCCACGGUCGGGGGCGAUAGACAGGCUGUGUGCAGUGACAAGCCUCUGUGUGGUUUUAUGAACAUAGAGUUUUUAAACUUGUGAAGGGUCGCAACAUGCAGGGUGUGUUGUGAGAGUCAAUCAGCAGCUGGUCAGGAGAUGUCUUCGGUCCCCACGUGGAUUCACCGACAGCGCUGUCGCCUCUGAUUGUUUUCCACAAAGCGCGGAGCUGUCACACUGUGAGGUCGGAGGAAAGGACAAGACGCGAUGCGAACAGGAUUCCUUACUGCUGCUGCCCCCCUCCUGAACAUGUGCAACACCGUCCUACAGACCAACAGUAACCUGUGGAGGUAGUCUGGCUGAAACAUGUUUAUCUUGUGGGUCCCGGUGAGUUUAUUCCUCAGCUUCAUCAUUUCUCAGACGUGGAGCGUUCAGUUGUCGUGGGAAAACUGGAACGCCGAGUUGCCCAACAGGGGGAAUGAGUUUGAUAGGCCGAGCUCUCAGCCGCACAUCGUUUUUAUCCUGGUGGAUGAUCAAGGCUUCCGGGACGUUGGGUACCACGGCUCUGAGAUCAAAACCCCGACUCUGGACAGGCUCGCAGCGCAGGGAGUCAAACUGGAGAAUUAUUAUGUUCAGCCGCUCUGCAGCCCGUCCAGGAGCCAGCUCAUGACCGGCAGGUAUCAGAUCCACACAGGCCUUCAGCACUCCAUCAUUCGAGCUACCCAGCCCAACUGCCUGCCCUUGGAAAAUGUCACCCUGCCCCAGAAGCUCAAGCAAGCGGGCUACUCCACCCACAUGGUGGGCAAGUGGCACCUGGGUUUCUACAAGCGAGGAUGCCUGCCCACCCAGCGUGGCUUUGACACUUUCUUUGGCUCCCUGCUAGGAAGUGGGGACUACUAUAGUCACUAUAAAUGUGAAGGGCCCGGUAUGUGUGGAUAUGAUUUGUAUGAAGGGGAAGAGGCAGCUUGGGAACAGGACCGCGGCAUGUACUCAACCGUGAUGUUUACUCAAAAGGCUAUCAGCAUCUUAGCCAAUCACAACCCUCGUAGACAACCUUUGUUUCUCUAUUUAGCCUAUCAGGCGGUUCAUUCUCCACUGCAGGUUCCAGCCCGCUACCUCGAACGCUACAAGGGCAUUCCAAACUUGCAUCGUCGUAAAUAUGCUGCCAUGGUGUCUUGCCUGGAUGAAGCUAUCCACAACCUCACGUUAGCGCUAAAACGCUACGGUUAUUAUGACAACACAGUGAUAGUGUACUCCUCAGAUAACGGGGGCCAGCCAUUAGCAGGCGGAAGCAACUGGCCCUUGAGGGGGAGUAAAGCCACCUACUGGGAAGGGGGGAUUAGGGCAGUGGGCUUUGUUCACAGUCCCCUGUUGGUAAACAAAGGGACAAAAUGUCGAUCUUUGGUCCACAUCACUGACUGGUUCCCCACACUGGUGACCCUGGGUGAAGGGACUUUAGACGAAGACCUAAAUCUGGAUGGGUACGAUGUCUGGGAGGCUAUCAGUGAAGGCCGCCCAUCUCCUCGCCAGGACAUUCUUCAUAACAUCGACCCAAUUUACAUCAAAGCCAAGAAUGGCUCGUGGAAGGCCGGGUAUGGCUUAUGGAACACGGCCAUCCGGGCCGCCCUCCGGGUUGGCCACUGGAAGCUUCUGACAGGUGUCCCCGGCUACAGCGACUGGGUACCCCCGCAGACCUUCUCCAACCAGCGGCUAACCAAUCGCUGGCAUAAUGAGCGCGUCCGUUGGGACCGGGGGAAGUCCAUCUGGCUGUUCAACAUCACAGCCGACCCUUUUGAGAGAGUGGACUUGUCUCAGCGUUACCCUCACAUAGUGAAGAAGAUGCUAAUGCGGCUAGCGCAGUACAACAAGACUGCUGUGCCGGUACGCUACCCAGCUAAAGAUCUGCGCUCUAACCCUCAGUACAAUGGGGGCGUGUGGGGACCCUGGUACAAAGACGAGAGGGAGAAGCAAGAGGAGGAAGAGAGAUACAAUAACUUGUUCACCAACCAUCUUGGAAAAAGAAGGUGGAAAAAGAAAUCAAAGAACAGGAAGUUGAAAAGAAAGGUAGAAGAGUAGCCUCCCCCAUUUGUGAAAGACUUUGGUUGCCUUUUCUCAGGGAUUGACACUUCUUGUUUCAGGAUUAUCCUCUUCAGACGCUCUAACUCCAGUUAGUUUUAACUUGACUCCAGUACAUACUGUAUGAAAAACAAUGCAGAUGGACCUUUUCAAAUGCCUCAAGAGAAUAAGAAAAAGAUCCACUCGUUCAAACACUACUGUCAUGCCCAGACACAACUUAAGACCUCAUGUUAAUCUUAGGGCCAUAAAGAAUGUUUAUUUUUCUAGAUUGUUUUGCAUGCGUGAACUGUUGUCACCUUUGGAUUGUUCUGUAGAUUCAUGUUAGACAAAAAAAAAUCUUCCUAGACAGUUGCCAGACAUUUUGGUGACAGAAAUAAGACAUAGUUCUAUUACGUUGAUGUUGAUUGCUGUGAUACGGUAUUGUGGAAACAGAUGUAGGAUUUAUGUGAUGUGUGAGUCGAUGUACGUUGGUUUUAUAAGCACAGUCUGUGUGAACUUUAGAAUACUGUUCCCUUUUUCAGAUGAUGUCUGGUCUGGCACCAGGCCAACCUGAAUGUAAGACAAGCUAGCAGAA